AUGAGGCGGCGCGGCGGGGGCUGCCUGCUGCCCGCGCCUCCGCUGCUGCUGCUGCUGCUGCUGGGAGCCCUGCUCCGCGCCAGAGGUGUAACAAGUAGCGCUGAAUGCUCCUGUGGACGUAAUCACUUUACUUGUGCUGUCAGUGCUUUUGGUGAAUGUACGUGCAUCCCUGCUCAGUGGCAGUGUGAUGGAGACAACGACUGUGGGGACCACAGUGAUGAAGAUGGCUGCAUGCUGCCCACCUGCUCUCCUUUGGACUUCCACUGCGACAAUGGGAAGUGUAUCCGCCGUUCGUGGGUCUGUGACGGAGACAACGACUGUGAGGAUGAUUCUGAUGAACAGGACUGCCCACCACGAGAAUGUGAGGAAGAUGAAUUCUCCUGUCAGAAUGGAUACUGCAUCCGUAGCCUGUGGCACUGUGAUGGUGAUAAUGACUGUGGUGACAACAGCGAUGAACAGUGUGAUAUGAGAAAGUGCUCAGAGAAGGAGUUUCGCUGCAGUGAUGGUAGCUGCAUAGCUGAGCAUUGGUUCUGUGAUGGUGAUACAGACUGCAAGGAUGGCUCAGAUGAAGAGAAUUGCCCAUCAGACAUUCCAGCUGCCACCUGCAGCUUGGAGGAGUUCCAGUGUGCAUAUGGACGCUGCAUCUUGGACAUCUACCACUGUGACGGGGAUGACGACUGUGGGGACUGGUCUGAUGAAUCUGAUUGUUCAUCUCACCAGCCAUGUCGCUCUGGGGAGUUUAUGUGCAACAGUGGCUUGUGCAUUAAUGCUGGCUGGAGGUGUGAUGGAGACUUUGACUGUGAUGACCAGUCAGAUGAGAGAAACUGCACUACAUCUAUGUGCACUGCUGACCAGUUCCGCUGUAAAUCAGGGCGCUGUGUCCGUCUCUCCUGGCGUUGUGAUGGGGAAGAUGACUGCUCUGACAACAGUGAUGAGGAGAACUGUGAGAACACAGGAACCCCCCAGUGUGCCCCAGACCAGUUCCUGUGUGAGAACGGACGCUGUAUUGGCCAGAGAAAGCUGUGCAAUGGUGCAAAUGAUUGUGGAGACGGCAGUGAUGAGAGCCCACAUCAAAACUGCCGUCCACGAACAGGGGAGGAAAACUGCAAUAUCAACAACGGUGGCUGUGCUCAGAAGUGCCAGAUGGUACGAGGAAUGGUACAGUGCACCUGCCACACAGGUUACAGGCUUCUGGAAGAUGGACGAUCAUGCCAAGAUGUGAAUGAAUGUGCGGAGGAGGGUUACUGCAGCCAAGGCUGUACCAACAGUGAAGGAGGCUUCCAGUGCUGGUGUGAGCAAGGCUACGAGCUGCGGCCUGACAAGCGCAGCUGCAAAGCUCUAGGGCCAGAGCCAGUGCUGCUUUUUGCCAAUCGGAUUGACAUCCGACAAGUAUUGCCUCAUCGCUCGGAGUAUACGCUGCUCCUGAACAACCUGGAAAAUGCCAUUGCUCUUGAUUUCCACCACAGCAAGGAGCUGGUGUUCUGGUCUGAUGUUACUCUGGACCGCAUCAUGAGGGCCAACCUGAAUGGUAGCAAUGUGGAAGAGGUGGUUUCCACAGGGCUGGAGAGCCCAGGUGGACUUGCUAUUGACUGGAUCCAUGACAAAUUGUACUGGACAGACUCUGGGACAUCUCGAAUUGAAGUAGCAAACUUGGAUGGCACCCACAGGAAGGUGCUUCUGUGGCAGAACCUGGAGAAGCCACGAGCGAUUGCCCUCCAUCCUAUGGAAGGCACUAUCUACUGGACUGAUUGGGGCAACACUCCCCGCAUUGAGUAUUCCAACAUGGAUGGCUCCAAUCGACGCAUCAUUGCAGAUACGCACCUCUUCUGGCCCAAUGGACUGACAAUUGACUAUGCAGGGCAUCGAAUGUACUGGGUGGAUGCCAAACACCAUGUCAUUGAGAGGGCUGACCUUGAUGGGAGGAAUAGGAAAGCUGUUAUUAGCCAAGGCCUCCCACACCCCUUUGCUAUCACUGUAUUUGAGGACAGUCUUUACUGGACAGACUGGCACACCAAGAGCAUCAACAGUGCCAACAAAUUCACAGGCAAGAACCAGGAGAUCAUCCGCAACAAACUCCACUUCCCCAUGGACAUCCACACACUGCACCCUCAGCGCCAGCCAGCAGGGAGAAAUCGUUGUGGGGCCAACAACGGGGGCUGUUCUCAUCUCUGCCUGCCGAGCAGCAAGGAUUACACCUGUGCCUGCCCCACUGGCUUCCGUAAGACCAGCAGCCGUGCCUGUGCCCAGAGUCUUGACAAGUUCCUGCUUUUUGCCCGAAGGAUGGACAUCCGUCGGAUCAGCUUUGACACAGAUGACCUGUCAGAUGAUGUCAUUCCCCUUGCUGAUGUGCGCAGUGCUGUGGCUCUGGAUUGGGACUCAAAAGAUGAUUAUGUCUAUUGGACAGAUGUUAGCACUGACUCCAUCAGCAGAGCUAAAUGGGAUGGAUCAAGCCAAGAGGUUGUGGUAGACACUAGCCUGGAAAGUCCAGCUGGACUGGCAAUUGACUGGGUCACCAACAAGCUGUACUGGACUGAUGCAGGAACAGAUCGGAUAGAGGUCUCCAACACAGAUGGGUCCAUGAGGACUGUUCUGAUCUGGGAGAACCUUGACAGACCCAGAGAUAUCGUGGUUGACCCUGUUGAAGGGUUCAUGUACUGGACUGACUGGGGAGCCAACCCGAAGAUUGAGCGUGCUGGUAUGGAUGCCUCAAACCGCUUGGUGAUCAUCUCCUCCAACUUGACAUGGCCCAAUGGUUUGGCUAUUGACUACGAGUCACAGCGCUUGUACUGGGCAGAUGCAGGCAUGAAGACCAUUGAAUAUGCUGGCCUGGAUGGGAGCAGCAGAAAGGUGCUGAUUGGGAGCAAUCUACCUCACCCCUUUGGACUUGCUCUUUAUGGCGAGAGAAUCUACUGGACAGACUGGCAGGCCAAAAGCAUCCAGAGCGCAGAUAGAAGGACUGGGCAGGCUCGGGAAACGCUGCAGGACAAUCUGGAGAACCUUAUGGAUAUUCAUGUUUUCCACCGUCACAGGCCACCAGUGCACACAGCGUGUGAAGUUAGCAAUGGAGGUUGCAGUCACCUGUGUCUUCUGGCACCUCUUCCAAAAGGUUACAGCUGUACCUGCCCUACUGGGAUCAACCUGCAGUCUGAUGGCAAGACCUGCUCUCCUGGAAUGACUAGCUUUCUGAUCUUUGCCAGAAGGACUGACGUUCGAAUGGUCUCUCUGGAUAUUCCCUACUUUGCAGAUGUCGUUGUCUCCGUCAAUGUCACUAUGAAGAACACCAUUGCAAUUGGAGUGGAUCCUCAGGAAGGAAAGGUUUACUGGUCAGACAGUACACUGCGGAAGAUCAGCCGGGCUGCCCUUGAUGGCUCCCAGUAUGAGGACAUCAUCACCACAGGUCUCUUGACUACAGAUGGGCUGGCUGUGGAUGCUAUUGGCAGGAAGAUAUAUUGGACAGAUACAGGAACAAACAGGAUUGAAGUGGGCAAUCUGGAUGGCUCCAUGAGGAAAGUCUUGGUCUGGCAGAACCUGGACAGCCCCCGGGCGAUAGCAUUAUACCAUGAGAUGGGGUACAUGUACUGGACAGACUGGGGUGAGAAUGCUAAGCUGGAGCGCUCUGGGAUGGAUGGCUCAGGACGUGUUGUGCUGAUCAGCCACAACCUGGGCUGGCCUAAUGGACUGGCAGUGGACAAGGCGGGGUCCCAGCUGCUCUGGGCUGAUGCACACACUGAGCGUAUUGAGGCUGCAGAUCUCAGCGGUGCAAACCGCCACACCCUGCUGUCACCAGUGCAACAUCCAUAUGGCCUCACUCUGCUGGACUCUUACAUCUACUGGACUGACUGGCAAACUCGCAGCAUUCACAGGGCUGACAAGGAUACUGGUGCUAAUGUCAUCUUGGUGAGAGCAAACCUGCCCGGCCUCAUGGACAUUCAAGCUGUUGAUAGGGCACGGCCUCUGGGCUUUAAUAAAUGUGGAGUUCGUAAUGGCGGCUGCUCCCACCUUUGCUUGCCUCACCCCACUGGCUUCUCCUGUGCCUGCCCCACUGGCAUCCAGCUGAAGAGAGAUGAGCAGACAUGUGACUCUUCUCCAGAGACCUACCUACUCUUCUCUAGUCGUGCCUCCAUCCGUCGUAUCUCACUGGACACUAGUGAUCACACGGAUGUACAUAUACCUGUCCCUGAGCUGAGCAAUGUAAUUUCUCUGGACUAUGAUAGCGUGGAUGGCAAGAUUUACUACACAGAUGUUUUCCUUGAUGUCAUCAGGCGGUCUGACCUGAAUGGCAGCAACAUGGAGACUGUUAUUGGUCAGGGGCUGAAGACGACAGACGGCCUGGCGGUGGACUGGGUUGCCAGGAACCUGUACUGGACAGAUACAGGACGCAACACCAUCGAAGUAGCUAGGCUGGAUGGAAGCUCUAGGAAAGUGCUGAUCAAUAACAGCCUGGAUGAACCCCGAGCCAUUGCUGUCUUUCCCAAGAAGGGGUACCUCUUCUGGACAGAUUGGGGUCACAUUGCUAAAAUUGAACGGGCAAACUUGGAUGGCUCUGAACGUAAAAUCCUGAUCAACACUGACCUAGGGUGGCCCAAUGGAUUGACCUUGGAUUAUGACACCAGGAGGAUUUACUGGGUGGAUGCACAUCUUGAUCGCAUAGAGAGUUGUGAUCUCAAUGGGAAGCUACGCCAAGUUUUGGUCAGCCAGGUGUCACAUCCCUUUGCUCUGACACAGCAGGAUAGGUGGAUAUACUGGACUGACUGGCAAACCAAAUCUAUCCAGAGAGUGGACAAGUACUCUGGGCGGAAUAAGGAAACAGUCCUGGCCAAUGUUGAGGGACUGAUGGAUAUCAUCGUGGUUUCCCCUCAGAGACAGACAGGUACUAAUGCUUGUGGAGUGAACAAUGGAGGCUGCACUCAUCUCUGCUUUGCCAGAGCUUCUGACUUUGUCUGCGCAUGUCCAGAUGAACCAGAUGGGCGGCCCUGUUCCACAGUUCCUGGUGUGGUGCCUCUUGGUCCUGAAACUACCAGUGUAAGUGAGAGAAGUCAUACACUGCCUGGCAGAGUAACUACCUCAACGACCAAAGCUCUUACGUCUCUGGAAACAGUGGAAGGAAACUGCUCUGAUAAAGAUGCCAGGCGAGGCUUGUGUAGCCGUGACAAUGAGGCAGUGCUUGCAACCAUGGGGGAAGGAUUGCACGUUAGCUACAUUAUUGGAGGCCUUCUCAGCAUCUUGUUUAUUUUGCUGCUUAUUGCUGCUUUAAUUUUAUAUAGGCAUAAUAAAUCCAAGUUCACAGAUCCUAGCUUGGGGAACCUAACCUACAGUAAUCCAUCAUAUCGGACGUCUACCCAGGAGGUGAAGAUUGAAACAAUUCCCAAACCAGCCAUGUACAACCAAUUGUGCUAUAAAAAAGAGGCUGGUCCUGAUCACAGCUACACCAAGGAGAAGAUCAAGAUUGUGGAGGGGAUUUGCCUUUUGUCCAGUGAUGACUCAGAAUGGGAUGACCUUAAACAGAUUCGGAGCUCCCGAGGCGGGAUUCUCCGAGACCACGUCUGCAUGAAGACAGACACAGUCUCUAUUCAAGCUAGUUCUGGUUCGCUGGAUGACACUGAAACUGAGCAGUUGCUACAGGAAGAACAGUCUGAGUGCAGCAGCGUCAACACAACAGCAGCCACUCCUGAACGGCGUGGCUCACUCCCAGACACAGGCUGGAAGCACCAGCGCAAGCCCUCCACAGAGAGUGAAGUCUAAAGCAUGUACUGCUUUGGAGAUGCUUGUACCCUCCCUAGCCUCCACUCUGCACAAAAAAGAUGGGACUCUGCCUGCCAAGCAAGGAAGAGUGCAGAGAGUAGCCUCUUUGCAAGGGGCCCGGAAACUGUGACUGCCUUUCAGCACGGAGCUUGGGCAACUGUCCUGUUGUGGUUGGAGAGGGAGGAUGGGUGGGUUGGAACCCAGAGACCCUUUUGGCUCAUUUUCACUGUCUGUGGUUUAUUUAUAUGUUCCCUUUUCCUGGAAGCUGCCACAUUAACUUUAGUAGUGACUCCUCUGGCCUGAGUCUGGUUCAGAUCCUGUCUUCUCUGGCAACCUGCAAAUCCCACACAGUUCAGCUUGCAGUUGAUGCCUGUGAAGAGAGCAGAGCUGCUUUAUUGUUAGCUCCCAGUCACAAAAGUUCCCUUAGUCAUUCCAGCACUAGCAGCACUGAGACUUCAUGUUGUGGGGUCUCUGACUUGAGAAGCGUCUCAGAAUAGACAGAGAAUAGGGGUAUGCUUUGGGCCUAAAGGGAACAGUGAUACAGUAUCAAGUCACUUUUUAAGAGUGUAAAGAGAGUAACUGCUUGCCAUGAUUUUGCUUCAUGAGAGCAUCACUGCUUAUUUUCCAUCUGCUAGUAAAAACCUUAAUGAAUUCUGGGAUUGGAGCGCUGUAUCUGUUGCUGGCAGUGGACAAUGCUCCUGUUCACCCCAUUCCUGUUAAAACAUGUUUCUACUGUGGAAAAACAAGUCAGCAAAUGGUCCUUUUAGAAUUGUUCCCUCUCGAUACUGGAGUCAGAGUGCUGUAUUCAAGGAAAAAAAAUAAAUUAGUAUUGUUCUUAGCUCUACUGAGCUAAUGGGAGAAAAUGUAUCGUGCACACACUCUUUGCAUAAUUCUCACAAGUUCCAGUUGUCUUGGCCUUUAUGACUUUUAUUACAGUGAUGAGGAAAAUAAGAAAAUUCCUAGGUUGAUUCCCCCAAGGGAAAUCCUCAGUGCUGGCAGUUAGGAACUGCCUUAUCACUAGCCCGUUUGACCUAGAAUAGGAGACAAUAAUCAUGAAGUUUUAAGGGCCAUUUUAAAAUAGUUGCUUAUUAGAUAGAAUUGCACAUUCAGCUCCAUUAUUACUAGUAAAUAGCUGUCCUUGCAGAGUCAUUCUUCUCAUCAGCUGUAUGAACCUCAGAUUUUCUCUGGCCUCCAAGGCCUUUACCCUCUAGAGAAUAAUUCUACCCUUGCAGUUACAGACAUCCUGGCAGCAUCUGGGACUUGCAUACUCUUGAAGACGAUGCCACUGUUUCUUGUGGGUACUCUUAUGGUGAAAUAUGAAGCCUUAUGCCAGAUAUUCAGAAGCAGAAUUUUCCAGCGAAGAAUGCCUCGCAGCAAACUGUUACCUCUUUAUCUCCUGGCAAGAGGCCAAGUGCAUUCCCACCUAUGGUGUGACGAAAGCAGUGUACAGUAGGGGUAUGGCAUAGAAUCGUGGGGAAAAUGCAUUUCAGACACAAGACUUUUCCAGCUAGUAAAAAAAAAUAUUAAAAUCCAUCCUAUUCUGUUCUAACCUUGUUCAGAUACUAAUGAUCUUGCAACCCUUGGAAAAACAUGACAGUUGCUAGCAGUUGCCAAUACUCUUCACAGCAGAGGUGGCUCUGCAGCAAAGGAAGGUUGCAGCUUUGACAUGGCUAGGAGGCAUGAAACAGUCCAUGACUUGCACCAUUGGGCUGACUGGUGUAUAUUCCUGCGGAAAAUGAACUGGAGUUAGGGCUUAGAAAUUUCCCUGUGUUAAUAUGGGACUCCUCCCUACUCUCAGAGAGAUUUUCUUUUAAUUAGCUUUUUUAUUUAAUUAUUUAUUUGAUUGACUCCAGCCUGGGAAGCGUUGUUUUUAUUGGGCAGGGGUACAUUUGGAUUGAGGUGUGGACUCAGUGGGGAACUGGGAAAGGAGCGCACGUAACUGAGGUGGAUCUUGCCUGUCUAGGCUGCCUGAUACAGGGAGAACAUUGAAGAGCUCAAGUGUAGGCAGAAGGACUGAUUUGAGAGGAAACCAGGUAUAGGGCAGGGGCAAGAGGGCUGGGAGUGAGUGGAUGGGGAAGAAGGUUCUGACUUACAGGAGAGCAGGUUGUUUUUGUGUCUUCCCCUCUCUCUCCACCCGCAAUAGCUAUGUGAGUGUGCACCAAAAUCCUGGGGCAGGACAGGGGUGAAGGGGGAGACAUCUACCCAGACCUGUCACUUGAGGUUCAGUCCAAGUCACAAGUGCAGAAUGGAAAGGAAAAUCCGGUCAGUCUUCUCAACAAUUAAUGGUGCUUGUGAUCUCCACCUUGAUGGAAUUUCUGCUGCUUCUUCGAAGGGACUCUGCACACUCCAGCCAAACACCAUUCAUAACCGCUCUCUGCUCGCUCGCUUCCUGGAAUGAUUAAGGUGAAAAGGAGCAAAGGAGAAAAAAAAAAAAAAAAAAAAAAAGUCCCAUAGCCUCACAUCUGCAAGUAAGGUCGGCAGAUGUCAGUUUAUUUUUCCUAAAGCAUGCAGACAGGCCUAGUGAGAUGCUGCCUAGGAAGUGCAUUGUGUUUCCCGGUUCAGGGGAAUAGAAGACCCUCACUGCGCUUAGGCUGUUAUGAAUGUAGAAAGGCCACUGGAGGAUGAUCUCUUGAGCACUGAUUUACUGUGUAAAAAAGGUAAACUUCUCUCCUGCCCAUCCUAAGCUAACUUCAGUGGUUUCCUGAGUUCCUGUGUAAUGGUUUUAACGUUACUCACUGGAGACAUUGGAUUUUCUGGGGUUAUUUAACCACUAUGUUCAGUAUUUUAGGGGUUGAUGAUAAUUUAAUAUAAAUUUAGCUUUUCUUAACCA